ACAUGAUUCAAAUACUGUGUGUGGAUGUUGUGCAACUGUAGCAGAGCUGUAACAUGUGGCUGAGGUGAGUGGCUCUGGGAGGCCUUUAUUAGCCUCCGUUUCUCUUCUUCCAUCCACUCGACUUUUCCCAAGGUCUGUUUCUUCAGUUCUUCUAUGGUCUCUUCCCCCAGAUGUGCCUCUCGACUGGGGGCUGCUGUCACCUUCACUUCUCCGUCCUUGAUUGGAACAGCCUGGCCAUAUGUUAGUAGCCUUCCCGAGGGGCCAAGGACCUGUCCCAAGCCGCAGGUUGUUCUGACUCCUGCCAGAUGAUCUAGUGGGGGGCACUAGACUAUGAAAUAUCUGGGGAUCAGCUGAGCCAAUCAGAACUAAAGAAAUGGAACUAGACCUUAUUUCAAUAGCAAAUUGCACCAGUGAUGGGGGGGGGGGCAAGGUGUACUUUCUGCUGUAUGUACAAUAAUAUGCGACCAAUCGUAUCUGCCCUCCUCCCACGUCUCAUUCCCAACCCAAGGGGGUAAAUAAGCACUUGCCCCUCCCCUUGCUGAUGUAACUGCCCCCGGGGCUUCUCACUCCACGUUGGAACAUUGGUGCAGGGAGUUGUUUCCAUUCAGGAACCCCCCGAGGUGCAGGAUCAGAUGUCUCCCCCCAGCUGAGUAUGUGGGAGCCCCGGGGGUUUGUACAGGGGGGGGUGUACAUUUCACACCAGGGUUUAUUGACAUGAGCCGGAAUCCUAUAGUGUAAAUCCGGGAGGGGGCUGGAUAAUGUAGCCGACUCCCCCCUAUAAUAAGAGUUGUGCAGGGUUGCAGGGAGUAGCAGGUACAAUGACAACUCCCUGCAGGGUGAGAGCGGCACAUGCGGGGGACUGUGAGGAGAUCAUGAGAAUGAUUCAGGAACUGGCGCAAUAUGAGGAAAGACUGAAUGAAAUGGAGAACUCAGUAGAAGCUCUGAGGCAAGAUGGUUUUGAGGAGGCCCCUUUCUUCUCCUGUAUGGUGGCAGAACUGCUGGAGGGAGAAGGGACAGGCCCCACACUGGUGGGAUACUCCAUAUUCUUCCGCAAGUACAGCUCCUACACUGGCCGGGCCCUCUUCAUGGACGAUCUGUUUGUCAGGCGCCACUACAGGGGCAAAGGGAUUGGUUCCCAGCUCCUCGCAUCUGUAGCACAGGAGUGUCUGUUACUCGGCUGUCCUGAACUUCAGUUCCACGUCCUUGUGAGGAACACGCCGGCCAUCAAGUUCUACUUCUCCCGAGGGGCCAAGGGCCUUUAUACGAAUGAAAGAUUCCAUCUGUUGCGAUUCCAGACUAAUGAUCUGCAGCGAAUGGUUUUGUCUUUGGAAGAGCCUGGGUCUCUGCAGUUUGGGGUGUAGGUGCACAUCACCCCUCAAACCAUUGGACAGUUCAUUACUCAUUCAGCCAAAUGUUCUUUGGUAUUUUCUGAAAAUGACAAUUAGGAAUGUUAGUGAAACACCUAAAUGUUAAUUAGGAAAUGUAAUUAGUUACAUAGGAAGGACAUUGGCCAAAGGUGGUGCAAUCUAAUCUCUCUGCGCACAGUUUGGGAUAAAUGUUAAAUAGGGGUCAAGUCUCAAUGAAAAAGCUUGCUUGUUGUCUCCCAAUGGCCCUUGUAGAAAGGUCUCAUAUUGACUGAACAUAUGGAGGUCAAAUAAACCAAAUCUGUUCCUCCAUCAAUUUUGCAUGCUUUUUACCAAUAGCACCCCUUUUCUCUGCCAAGACCUAAGCACAGGGUCAGGCACUAGGAGCAGAUGUAAAUGUGAGGUCCCAGCCCUUCCAUCCAACCUCAAAACUUCCACUGUGCCAACUUCAGUUUGUUGACUUCUUUAGCCAAGCUGGUUCCAUUGCCAUUUGUAGAUGAACAUUAAAGGGGAACCAUGAAUAAAAAGAAACAUUUAAUGCUUUGUCUCAUGAAAAUCAUAAGAGCAAACCCUGUAAUAGUGGAGGUCCAACAAAUGAUAUGGAGUUAUUUGCCAUAUACCCCCCCCCCUUCCACAAAUCCUGCCCAACUCACACACCUCACCAGAGAUUCCAUGAAACAAGUCCAAUGAUAUGCCACUGUUCUCGGGGAACAAAUAGGGGCUGUGUCUCUUUUAGGGACCCGGCCUGGUGGUGAGAUCCUAAUACUAGGGAAUGGUCCUUCCACCAUUGGGUAUCGUUGCCAUGGAAGUGGUACAGGAAGCCAUUGGUUGAAAUUCAUUUGCCAAGAAGAUAGGGAAGGGAAGAAGAACCCAAAUAAUGUAGGAGACAUCGAGGGUGGGGUUUGCUAAAUACAGUUAGACCUAAGAGUAUUUAGAGGAAGGGGAUGAUGAACUGCACAAGAGGUUGUGGAAAGGUAAAGAAGAAUAAGGAUGGAGAAAUGUCCCUUAGAUGAUCCUUGGCAUCUGAUAUCAGGACAGUCUCAGUAGAGAGGUGCAGGUGAGAGGUGGAGAAUCAGGUGUAAGGUCAGCAGUUACCUGUUACGCACGCAGUGGAUAGAAGAGGCAAAGUGAGUGAAAAUGAAGAGGAACAUGCGGAAGUCCCCGUUCUGUCCCCAGCUCUACAUACUGAAUAGGAAACAGGUUACCUUCAUCAGAGGUGAGAUCUUUCCAGCCCUACUGGAGCACGUUCCUGCUAUUCCUAGACUGUCACCCACUUAGUUUCACUCUCUUGUGUUUUCUUCUGGGCUUCUUAUACUAAUGGCAGGGCCAGGGCCUAAGAACCUUAUGGUGGCCCCAUGAUUUACUGUAUAAUCCAGCUGGCUGUUCUGGAAUCCCAGCAUACCUAAACCACAUACCUCAACAUACUCACACCACAUACCUCAACAUACUCACACAUCUCAACAUACCCUCACCGUGUUUAUCCACACAGACCUGAUAUAUUCCCACCUGAAGAGUCCAUGUUGAGGCCCCAAUGGACGAUGGAGUUUCGUAACCCUCUCUUUUCAUACAUACACGUUACCCCUGGGGGGGUAGUUGCUUCAAGUCUAGAGCACUGCUACACGUGACUCCCUAACCUUAUCUGGGCCCUCACAGAAGUACCCUCACAGAAGUAGUGGAGGAUAGGUCUCUAGGCUGAAUAACAUUGAUUCGCUCAAAGAGAAUUGGGUUCCCAAUGGGCAUUAUUUCUCAGGUUCCUGCUCCCAGAAUACCAGAUUUCUCAAAGGAUGUGCCAAUGGACUACACGACUGACUUGAGUCCCUACAGCCUGGUGAGUAGCACCUAGUGGACUGCCUUAGGGCUUAAUCUUCUUACUGAGGGCUCUUGCCCCAGGCUCUCCUGCAGUAUCCAAACCUCUAAAGAAUGAAGUCCAAUGGGGGAGAACCAUGUUCUCCAUCCCCUUAGACUAGGGAACAGGAACUGCCCUAACACUGGGUCUAUGUGAACACUUAUCUCCCCCAGAUAUGGGUAGGGAUACUUAACACCUUCACAUGCCCCACAUUUAUUUCUAGAUAUUAGUAAUGGUUCCACCUUUCUUCUCCAGACAAUUCUUUUUGAGCCAGUAGAGGAAAGCUGUCCUGGGGAACAUAAAUAUUCAUUGUCCACUCAUGGUAAGUCUCCUUGGGUCUAAUGAAUAUAGUUAGUGCACAGAAGAGCUGGUUUUCUCCAGGAACAGUUGGGUGUAGGUCCAGAUUGUGCUUCACUACAUAAACCUGCUCUGUAGGAGGCUCAAAUAAGCAUGG